GACGCUUCGAAGGCUGAUACAAGGCAGGUGGAGGCGAGCAGUGUGCCCCUGCUGAAUGAAGCGACGUCCUGGAUCUCAUGUCCAUCUCCGCUAUGAUUGGUGAAGCUGUGCUCUUCUCUGUCAUCUCUGCACUGCUGGGAGCAGCCGGCGGUCAUGCAGUGCUUCAGCGGAUGCCGAGAGACCUGCGGCAUACAGCUUUCGUGCCCCAAAUCAGACCAGCUCGUCAGACGGUGUCGCGGAGGCGGACGUUGAUGAGUGCCGGCGUCCCCGACAUCCCGCCAGAGGCGUCGCAGAUCCAAGAACAGGCAGCCAAAGAUCUCUUGGAAGACAUCCGUGGCGUCACGCUGACCGUGCCGCCAUCCAUCUGCCCGCAGCAGACCCUGCAGGCCACCUAUGUGCAGCUGCAUGGUGACGAUGAUGACAAGCAGGAGAGGAGAGAUCCGCCAGUGGUGCUGCUGCAUGGGUUCGAUUCAUCGGUCUUGGAGUUCCGUCGGUUUGUCCCUUUUCUGAGAGAGGCGGGUGUCCGGGGCUGGAUUGUUGAUAUCCAUGGCUGGGGGUUCGGGCAGCUGGACGGCGGCUGUGACUUCAGCGCCGAGUCGAAGCGGCUCAUGCUCUAUGAGUUUUGGCGACAGGUACUGUACGCCCAUCUAGAGGCACACACAGAGUGGUGGCGAGUUGGUCUCUGCAAGGGUGUUUGUUGUGCUGUUCCAACAGGUUGUUGGUGAGAGGGCGGUGUUUGUGGGAAGCAGUCUUGGCGGUUCGAUAGCGCUGGACGUUGCCGCUGAACACCCCGAAUGUGUGGAUAAGCUGCUGCUGAUCGCACCACAGGUGGGUAGCUGCUGUGAAUGAUCGAUGGUUGGCACACGAGCCAAGUGUCUGAUUUUCCCUCAAUGUCACAUGGAUGCAGGCGACAAUGGAGGGUUUGGGUCCGCUGUCGUCGCUGCCGGACAUCAUUGGCCGGCUGGGCAUCAGGGUCCUCGGCAGUGUGCCACUGCGACAAUUCGCAAACCAGCUGGCAUACUACGACAAGGUGAGUAAGCUACCCUCCCCGCAGAACACCAGACCUCAUGUGUCUGUGUUGAUAUCCGCAGGAGCGAUUGGCGACGACUGAUGCGAUGCGUGUGGGCCGGCUGCACACGCUGCGGAGGGGAUGGGAGGACGCUUCUCUGUCCUUCCAGAAGAGCGGCGGAUUCGCUGUUAAGGCCAAACUCAGUCGGGUCAACUGCGAUGUCCAGCUGGUGUGGGGGGCCAACGACCAGAUCCUGCCGCCAGAGAGUGCACAUGACGUCUUGGAAGCGCUUCAGCCACACACAAGGUGGGCGGGUGCAUGAGGGAGGAACACAACCACAACUGUCUUGCUCUCGUGUGCCGUUUGUGCACCGUGCAUCAGGUCUGCGCGUCUGGCCUUCAUCGAUCAGUGCGGUCAUCUUCCACAUCUCGAGAAGCCCCACGUGCUGAUAGACCAUUUCAGGGACUUCCUGAGGCCGCGGCAGAUCAAUGGCGAUAGGAGGAGGGGGGCAAGGCAAGACAAAGACCAAGUGAAGACGACCUCAGUCGAGGGCUCGCGUGUUGUGGGAUGAGAUAGCUUUUGACGAUAGACACACGCGCAGACAUGAGACAUUAGUUUAGAGAUGAAGCCAAAUCAACCAUUGCGCUCUU